AUGGAAGACGCCCCUGACGGUGGCCCUGCCGAGGGCAGCGGCGGCGGCAGCACUUCGGUCACAGGCUCGAUCCAUGGCUCUUUCCGCACAUUCCUGUUUUUGUCCGUACUCGUGCCCGAUAUCGUGGCGGUGCUUGCCUUCUCGCCCGUGGGGCUUGGGCCGGGCGUGUACGACGCCAUCGCGACAGACCGUGCGAGCCUGUUCGGCAAUCUGAUGGCGCUCGUCUCGGCGUUUUGGCUGAUGGCGAUGUUUGUUUUCGACGUGUUCGAGAGCAAGGCGUGGAGGUACGGGAUGCAGGCAUUCCUUCGAUUGGUCAGCGUCGUUAUCUUUGUGGUUAUGGUGUUUGUUAGCUUCACUCUGAAAUCAGUGAGUUACCCGUGGGUGCCACUCUUAAUGAGCAUGUGUACCACCGUUGUCUUGAUCGCCAUCAAGUAUUCACACUUGAAGAAGUUAGAGGCGGCUCCGCAGCAAUUCUACCUGACGACGGCGGUCUGCUAUCUCAUAUGCGCGUCAACGAUGUUUGUGGUAUGGGUCGCGUGGGUAAUGUCCGCACAUGGCGAACGGGAGCUUUGGUGGGACGAUGACACAGUGCGCUGGAUGGCUGACAAGUAUGCCGGGGUUUACCUCCAAUUGACCCCCGAUGAGCUGCCACCGGUGUCGUCGCCGCUGCCGCUGUUAGAGUACUGCCUCGAUGAGGGGCGGAUAAGCGGCAUCGAUAGAGAGGCCCUCCAGGACCUUGUGACGAACGCCUGUGGAGUGGCAACCACUGUCAUCUUCACGCAGUGGGCCGGAGCCUUCAUAGUCUUCAGCGGCAAUGUGUUCUGUGCAGGUUUUUGCGUUCUCUUCUCCAACACCAUUGCGAAGAUAAGAACAGACGGUGAACUCCAGACAAAAAAGAGGGCACUCAUCACGUUUAUGAAGCGUUUCUUGCUCACCAUCGUCUUCGCAGUAGGGAUUAUGUACAGUUCGCUGUACGUGUCUGGCGCCGCUGCGAAGCUCGCCAGCGCAAUGAUGGCAUCGGCGUGUAUCGCGACAUUUGUCAUGUUCCUGUGGCUGGCCCAGGAGGUUGAUAUGGAUACGCUCAACCAGAUGAAGGAGGAGACACCGAUCAUGAGGCAUGUCAUCAACAUAUUGCAGUCUAACUGGAUGAGGGCGAUGGCUGUUGGAGGCCUGAACGUCGCGAUUCCUUUCAUGGUGUUUCUGGAUAGGGUGCGACAGCUGGUUCGACAAAACAUAACAGACUUUUACCAUGUAGCAGAGAACGGGAGCGAGGGCGCAGUACCGUACAUCAAAGUACAUUAUCGUUACCACGACCGACACACACCGAAUGGCGAAAGGUUGGUCAAGUCCUUGGAGAAAUGGGAUUGGACAGAUAUCUUGGGCAAGGUCUGUGUGCUCGCAGAGCUGUUCAAGGACGGUUCCGUCGGCAUUUGGGCAGGUCUUGUGUUGGCAUGCAUCGCGGGAAGUGCGGCGAAGAUGAUGGCGUGCGUUGGGCAGUAUUCGAUUGGUUAUUUUUCUGGCAAGUCAGUGAAAGUGCAGCAGUUUGUUGGCGUGACGAAGGUAAGCGUCUUGGCGACCGAGGCAGUGCUCAAGGAGAAGGGUUUCAAGCUGUUCAAGGUCUGCAUCUUGGUGGCCGGCCCUGACUUCCCAACGAGCGUAUUGUGCGGCAUCCUCAAUUUGAACAUUCCCCAGAUACUGCUUGGCACAAGUCCGGUCAUAUUGGUGAGCAUCAUCCCGCAGACCCUCGUGGGGGUGCUCAUGACCAAGGAGAACGCCACCGAAGGAUUGUGGGCCAUGAUCGCCACUGUGGCCACAGGGCUGGCCGCUGCUUUCCAGGCAGGCGCCACCCUCGUCUUCGCCUACGGCAUACUGAAGGUAGUCGAGGAGUCGGGGGACCAGCUUGUGAAAACGCAUCGGCCAGAGCAUGACGAGGUGCGGAAGCUGGCAGAGAAGGAGGCCGACUUCGUGCAGACGCUAGCCGAAGUGUCCGACUGGUCGAAGCUGGGCACGCGUGCGCAAGCGACGCUGCUGGGCACUGUGGCGCUCUUCCUUCUCUCCGGCUUAUUGAUGGUCCUCGACACCAUGGCGGCAGAAAAAAUAUGUUUCCGAAAUUUCGCCCUCACAAACAAGAUCACAGACAGUUACGAACUGGGUGGUCUUGAUGGGAACGUGCUCAACGUGGUCCUCGCGCCGAUGGGCUGGGUUGCGCUUGGCCUCGCAGCCAUUGCGGUCUUGCUUCAUGUCAGGUUCGGGAAGUGGCUGAAGGCCAGAGCGGCAGCGAAUGUCUUAGGCGCAACGAACCCGCUGGUGCAGGCAUCCGCAGAAGGCGAGGGCGCAGAGAGGCCGCUGGCGGACGACCCCAAGGCCCGGGCGGAGGCCGGCGGCGCGGCGGGGCCGCCGGCGCACGGCCUCGAGGCCCGCGGCGCGGCGGGGCCGCCGGCGCACGGCCUCGAGGCC